GAGCAGCCGUUUUGACUUGGAUUGACUUCACUGCAGAGUGCAGUGGGGCUGCGAUUGGUGAGGGUAGGGUGCCGGUGACUGUAAGUGAAGGAAAUCCAAAGCCAAAGUCCGCCAAAGACUCAGCAACACAGCACAUUGAUCUCACAUCAAAUGGGUAUCCACCGUGCAAGCGAGCACUAGCAUCAGCGUCUCUCACAGCACUUCCUAUAUAAUCAAUCAUCAUCUUUGCUCCCUUCCAUAAUGUCUGCCUUCUAGCGUACGCGAACAUCCUUCGACGUUCUACCCACAAUCCCCACCACCACGACAUGGUCCAAGACCACCCUCAACAACCUUCGCCAGCUCUCCCAGCUUCCACUCAUGCCAAUCCGCCUCCUCCUCCUCCUUCGCCACCGCCACCACCACCGUUCGAUCCUAGUCGAAUGAUUGGAAUUAUUAAAAGGAAGGCCUUGAUAAAAGAGUUGGCUGCGGCCUACCAUGCGGAGUGCCUUGCAUAUUGUCAAGAGCUUUUGGAACUUCAAAGAAAAUGGGAAGAGCCAUUUAUUGACCUAAAGGCUCCAGAGGAUUCAAGGAAAGAGACAGUGCGGCCCGCCAAACGUCUAAAGAAAUCUCGCUAGGCAAUGAUAUUAAUUUUCUGCUUACAGAUGCUUUAAUACAACCUAUGUUUCAUGGAUUACCUGCUUCCGCAUAUGAAACUGUUCCAAACCCUUGAUACUGAAUGAUGUGGAUACAGAGAGAGAGAGAGAUGACAAAUGUAGUGCCUUGUGCCCGCUGUUUGGUAAGAAUGUGUAUUGUUGCUGGUGCACUGUUGUAAAUAUUGUACUUGGUCAAUGGUUAACAAUUUGAUUUGAUAUUUUCAGAAAUGUAACACUAAUAUGUUUUCAUUUAACUAGAGAUUGUAUGCUGUCUGGAUA